AUGAACGCAUUUCGCGUGCGUCAUCUUGAACAGGCUCUGCAGCUGUACUACUCGCCUCAGUCCACUGGCCACCUUCCUCUUGAUUUGUUCCUGCGGCACUAUUACAACUGCAACAAAAGCGUUGGCAGCAACGACAAGAAGUUUAUCACCGAACACAUAUAUCAAAUUGUAAAAUGGAAGGGCCUCCUAGACCACAUCACCCCCCCACCGGCCAACUGGCCUAGCAGGAUCCGCACCUAUUUCGUGUCCGAUAGGUGGAAGUUGCAGGCUCAGAACGAACGCCUGCCUGCAUCCGUGCGCACGUCUUUUCCUGCUGAACUGUUUCGUCGUAUUGAGGCUUCUCACGGAACAGAUAAGGCGAUUCAUAUUUGCAACAUUUUGAACGAGGAGGCACCGGUGUAUCUCCGCACCAACACCCUGACCAUUACUCGCGACCGGCUGUACCACUACUUGCUGAACAAAGGUGUUGCUGUUGAAAAGAGCCCUAACUCCCCGUUAGCUCUGGUCCUCCCACACCGCCAGCGACUCGGCGACUUGCCAGAAUUUCACCGCGGGUAUUUCGAAAUUCAAGAUGAGGCCAGCCAACUGGUUGCUCUCAAAGUGGCGGUGAAACCUGGAGAAAAGGUAUUCGAUUACUGCGCGGGUAGUGGUGGGAAGACGCUGGCGUUUGGCCCUCAAAUGCAGAAUAAGGGAAAGAUAUAUUUGCACGAUGUUCGGGAAAAGAUGCUGCAGGAGGCGAAGAAACGACUCAAAAGAGCAGGGAUUACAAAUUACACCAUCGUGCCACCAGCAAGUCCGCCUCUGUCUAAACUUGCAGGACGAAUUGAUUGGGUCGUGUGCGACGUGCCCUGUAGCGGGACUGGAGCGUUGCGGCGGAGUCCUGAGAUGAAGUGGAAAUACAAAGACGAGAAGCUCAUGGAUUUCAUUGCUCUCCAACGCCAUAUCUUCAGCAGCGCCCUGCAGUAUGUUAAGCCGAAAACCGGCAAGAUCGUGUACAUCACUUGCAGCAUCUUAGAUGAGGAGAACGUUCACCAGGUGUGCCACUCUUCUGAUUUGGGCUGUCGUGCAGAUCUUGGGGCUUCCCAUUAG